AUGCCUCCGAGGAAGAAAAAAGACGUCGAAGCGAAUGGGCCUACUGAAGGAGUGAAGACACCUAAGCAAGUGAAGGCGAAGCGGGGACCGUACAAGACAAGAAAGAAGAUACAGGCGUCUUCUCAGGGCGACCUGCCCACGAUAAGUGAAGAUGUCGAGCAGGCGCCUUCACAAGUCGCACCAUCCAAGUCACCAGCGCAACUUCCGCAACCCGAGUCCACAGCUCUUUCUCCAGAACUCUUCUUGAAUCCAAGCACGCCUAUAAAGAAGGCAACGACAACCCACGGUCUUGACAGGAAUCAGCGACUUCAGUUCUCACAGACCUUCUCCCCACGACUCAAUCCUGAUAUCGAUCCGCGGCUGAGUGGUAAUUCAUUUCCAUACCACUCCGACGACUUCCGCCUUCCGAGUCCUGCUGAGUACACUAGCCCCCCGUCACAAGCCCUGUUCGAGUCACCUCCAGAUUACUAUCGACCCAGAGGUCAGCCUCAGAGUUCCCCUGAGCACGCGAUGUCGUCGCCGCAGGAUGGUCUGGAUGACGACCUCCAUUCCAGCCCCAGCUUCGAUAUGAAUCAGCCUCAAGAUACACCCCAGCGCACCAUGCCAACCUUCCUGCAGGCACGACAAGAGGCAAUUCGGCAACAGCAGUUGGAGCGCAUGGAAUUCAGCAAUCUGUACGAUACUGGCACGAUGCCGAACCUGCCUCUGCGGCCUGGUCCCGAGAAUAUCGGAGAUUUGCCUCAGCGCGUUGAACAAGCCCAAAAGAACGUGCAGGUCCAGCUUCUGUUGGUAAAUAAAAUGCACACCUGGCGAGUGCAGCACAACCAGUACACAAACAUCCGUUAUGCGGCGGAGUGCACUCGAUUGGUCGAUCGCACUUUCGACUGGCUUGCACUGUACACAGGUCUACGUACGCUCAUCGAUGCUGUUAGCAACUACGAACGUGUUCCCAGCAUGGGCAACGGCUCAUUGGCAGGUGGAAGGAUUAGAGAGGUCUUUGGGAGAGUUCCGACAGCGAUUCGUGCCAUAUCGGGAAGCAUGCGAGACUUUCAGUUUCGGCCUGCUUUCUACAACAAUGUUACAAGCUGUCUCUAUGCAACAUUCUGCAACAUGAAAGCUUCUCUAAUGGUUCUGGAUCGGAUUCGCGACAAUCACCCGGGUGUGCUCGAUCGUACCAGCACAAAAUACGCCGAUGUUUUUAACGUUACACGCAAACAGGUCUACGCUGCGUUGGCUCCUGAGGACAACGACGAUCUGCUAGGCGAGUACGAUCACAUCUGGGUUAAUCCACUGGUGAAUCAAUUCAAACCCAUGCCUGAUCAAAAUCUCUACGGCUCCGAUGCUGGAGAGCAAGACAACAAUUCGAAUCGCGCCGCUACAUCCACACCCCAGCAAACCAAAGUCGAGAUGUCAAGUCGCCCCCACACUCCCUCCCACCCGGUCGAUCAUAAGGGUGACAAUGCCGGCGACAUCCCUUACACAAUGCCUGAGCGGAAUGUCAGCCACGCAGAAGCAGGAAACGAUGUCAGCAAUCCCGGAAGCCCUUACACGAUGCCUCAGCGCAGCAGUCCUCACGUCGGUGCCUCCCCACGACCACAAUUGGCGGCAUCAACUUGGUAA